AUGCAGGGGCUUAUCCAUCGACGGAGUAAACCCGCAAUUUUCACAGGUCAUCUCAACAUUCUCAACACCGCUAUCCGGGAGAUCAAACAUAGUCAUAGCUUCCACCAACCCCCAACUCCACUUCGUCCAGCACGCCUCAGCACUGCGAAGCUCUUCAGCGGUAGUGACGGCAACAUCACACAGAUCGCGUCUGAGGCCAAUUUCCUGGCACCUACGGGACACAGCUUGCGCAAGGCUCUCGUUGGUGGUGCUCCAAGUAAACGGCGCGAAUGGUUCCAUGUUGCUGCCCAUCUGGGGAAUUAUGCCCGGCUCGUCGAAUCGGUUGACAAAUGCCUCCAGUAG